CUUGCCAGGAGAUUGUGAUCUUAAAAUUUAAUGAGUUAUAAGCUGUGAUGUACUACAGCCAAGUUAAAGGUUCAGCUUAAUAAUUUUUUACCGGACUCGAUAUUAUUGGUUGUUACGAAAGGCGAGGCGACGGAACUGCCAUAGCAUUUAAUUAUUAGUUUUGUUUGUAUGGUCGCCCUUGACCUGCCCUCUCGAGAUGGAGAAUGAAUAAAUAGAGUGUGCGCCGCCCGGUGGGAGGAAGGCUCGUGCUCAUUGCCCGACGAGUGGAAGGCAGCGCCCGGAUCUAACAGUGGUCUCACUUCAUCUAGUGGCUACAAUGCACCAGUUCUGUAACCUUUGCACGUCGGGAUGGUUGGAGGAGUGUUGGUGUCACACUUAUAUAAUACGUACAUGCAUCAGGCGAUAAUUUUGCAAGCGUGGUCUGCACACUUCUGAAUUUUCUUCGUUUGUGUUCUCUUAUAUUUUCGCCGUUCAUCAUGUUGCGUAUUACUGCCUUGGCCAUACUCUGUAUUUCCUGCGUUCAGGAAUACAGUGUUUUCGCGAACCCCACAAGCGACAGCUGCAUCGAGCCCAAUCCGCCAGUGCGAUACUUCAGCUUCAAUCUCCGUCCAAACGAGCCGUGUAGCGGCCGAGGAACAUGCACUAAUGGAAAGUGCACAUCCUGCGAAACGUGGGAGGGAAAUAAGGACGGCAAGCACGUAGUCGUCAAAUAUUCCGGCAAAUACUGUGAAUGCGACAACAUCAGCUGUCCCCGGUUUAAUGGAGAAGUCUGUGCUGGACACGGACGCUGCGAUUGUGGUCGGUGUGUAUGUCAGGGCAACUACAUCGGCAACGACUGCGCAGAUGACGAAGCGGUAGUGGACGAUGUUCUAAGCAUGAUGAAAGAGAUGAGGAAGAACAAAAGUACCUAGAGUGGAACAAUAACAUACGUAAUCUGCGGUGAUAAUCGAAAUAACUUUUGGUGUUAAAUAACUUCUGGUGUUAAGUUGAUGAUGGUUGGUGUUAAGUUGGUGAUGGUCGAAAUAACUUUUGGUGUUAAGAUUCUUGCCAUCUUCAGAUUGUUGACCUUUCCGAAUAUCUGCGUCUUUUAUAUGGUAUGCGUUAUUGCAUUGUCAUUGUGGUGAAAAAGCAAUUACAAUGUAUCCCACUCAUCUUUGCAC